AUGGAGCCUAACGACCAAGCUGAGUUCCCGUUGGAAACGACGUCCUCGCAUACUUUCGGACAGGAGAAUACUAAUCAGAUGACUGCCAUGGAUAUGAUUAAUGUCCCAGUACGUGUCGCUGUCCAAUUAGAGAAAAUGAGCGAGGUAAUGAGAUUGCAGACGAAAGAAUUAGAUCGACUAACAGGAAUUAACAGCCAAUUGAAGAUUGAAAAAGAAAAGCUUAAAGUUGACUUAGAACAAAUUCACGUAGAAUACAAAUUCGCUUGUGACAAGCUGAUGGAAAACGAUUCACUCCUAUCAUCUGUGAAUGCCGAAUUGACAUCUCUGCUCAGAGAACGUCAUGGAAUGCAUGAAAAAAUCCUCCAACUAGAGCGAAAAUAUCAACAGGCCAAGGCAGCAAGUUUGGAAUUUUCGCGAGUUCUCGAGCUUGAGCAUGAGUUAUUUCCAACAAGAUCCUCUCUCGAUAAGGAAAUGAUGGAUCAUGCAGUAAGGGCACCUGCAGCCCCUCCCGACCUGAAUACGUUUGAGGAAGAAAAACAGCAUCUUCUACGUGAUUAUGAAGGAGUUCUCAAAGAGAAAGAGAACUUGAAGCAGAAAUUAGAGAAAGAAUGUAAUUAUUCCAAGGAACUUCUACUCGAUUUGGAGAGGAACAGAACAAUGCUUCUUGACCGCGAAGAGGAAAUCAUAGAUUUGAAAAAAAGAUUGGCCGAUAGUGAACUGGCGGCAAAACAAAAUUUAGAGCAACUCUCUUGUACUCAAUCGGAUCUCCAGAUGGAACGAGGACGCUGUGAUUGGCUUACUUUAGCUUUAACUGACAACGAAGUGCUUAUUGCCCAAAAUAGGAAUGAAUCCAUGUUAUACAUGGAAGAGAACUCGCGUCUAGCGAACGAUCUUAAAGCUGCCAAUGUGACAAUAAUAUCCUUGAAAGCCAAACUAGAAGCUCAGGGACGAGACUUGCUGAACACAAGAAAAGCUUUAAUAGGUUUACAAGACGGAGUAGCACACUGA